AUGCGAGUUUCGCUUCUUCUUGCGGGUUGUGCCACCCUGGCAAAUGCCUAUGCGCAUGGAAAUGUGGACAAGAGAAGCUCCUUCCAGGCAAAGUGCGAGUCUUUUGCACACAAAAUCCAAGUCGCAGAUGCGAUUAUUCAUAGCGUGACCCAUGUGCCGAUUGGGACAAACAUCUCUAUGUCAAAUGUUCCUUCCGUUUGUGCUUCAAAUGCAGAUGAUACAAGCAGCACAUUUGAAUUCUGUCGUGUUACACUUAAUGUGACGACUUCGCCGAAGAGUCAGAUUUUCAUGGAGGCGUGGCUACCCAGCAAUUACUCUGGUCGAUUUUUGAGUACUGGAAAUGGAGGCCUCGGUGGCUGCAUCCAAUAUUCUGACAUGGUCUACGCUACACAAUACGGAUUUGCUACAGUCGGCACCAACAAUGGUCAUUUCGGCGAUACUGGUGUCUACUUCUACCACAAUACUGAAGUGCUCCAGGACUAUGCUUACCGUGCUAUUCACACCGGAGUAGUCGUUGGCAAAGAACUCACCAAACAGUUCUACUCUCAGGGCUAUGAUAAGUCUUACUAUUUGGGCUGCUCGACUGGUGGUCGAGAGGGCUGGAAGUCUAUUCAGAAGUUCCCCGAUGACUUUGAUGGCGUGGUGGCUGGAUCACCUGCUUUCAACUUGAUCAACCUUAUCAACUGGGGCGCUCGAUUCUUACCAACCACUGGCAAUCCGAGCGCGGCUACAUUCAUCACGGAUGCUCAGUGGAUCACUAUCCAUGAUGAGAUUCUUCGACAAUGUGAUGAUCUGGAUGGUGCCGCAGAUGGGAUCAUUGAGGAUCCUGAUCUCUGCCAGCCGAUCUUUGAGACUUUGCUUUGCAACUCGACUGCAAGUGCUGGCUCCAGCUCGUGCCUCACGGGUACGCAAUUAAAGACCGUUAAUACUAUCUUCAGUCCUCUUUACGGAAACAGUGACACCCUCUUGUACCCCCGGAUGCAACCUGGAUCGGAGCUGACGGCGGCCUAUGUUUACUACAACGGCAUGCCAUUUUCCUACGCGGAGGAUUGGUUCCGCUACGUUGUUUACAAUAAUCCAACUUGGGAUCCUGCAUCAUGGACGAUCAAUGAUGCCGUGGUCGCGGAUGCGCAGGAUCCGUACGAGGUCUCGACAUUCCAAGGCGACAUCUCUGCAUUCCAGAAGAAGGGCAAGGUCCUUCACUACCACGGAAUGGAGGACCCAAUCAUCUCGUCUGACAGUUCGAAGAUGUACUACAAGCAUGUCGCUGAUACCAUGAAUCUCAGCCCAUCCGAGUUGGACGAAUUCUACCGGUUCUUCACAAUCAGUGGAAUGGGUCACUGUUCGACCGGUGAUGGUGCCGGAUCUAUUGGUCAAGGUGUAGGGACCUUUGCCGGAAAUGACCCAGAGGACAACGUUCUUCUUGCGAUGGUGCGAUGGGUGGAAGAGGGUAUCGCACCGGACUUUGUGCGUGGUACCAAGUUCAAUGGCACCGAGGUGGAAUAUCGUCGGAAGCACUGCAAAUAUCCUAAGCGCAACAAGUAUGUUGGUCCAGGCACUUAUGAGGAUGAGAAUGCUUGGAAGUGUGUUUGA